AUGGAAGACCACACUAUUUCUACGGACAACAGAAAUACAAAUAUCAAUAAACAUCAAAAUCUAUUACAGCGGCUACAUAACAAACAGAACGAGAAGAAAUCGACCGAAGCAGUGAGCAUAUUGAAUUUGUUUCGGUAUGCGACACUGAUCGAUGUAUUAUAUAUACUAUUUGCUACAAUCGCUGCUCUUGGCAAUGGCAUUGCUAUGCCGAUGCUCCUUCUGAUCAGUGGAAAUCUUCUCAAUACGUUCACUAACCGAACGAUCCAACUGUGCUCACUUAAUUUUACAAUGCUUUCCAAAGAUUACUGUCCGUUAGGUGUUGAAUUGACAUCAAUCAAUUUUUAUCAAACAUUUUCGGUAUGUAAUUUGACUGCAUUGAAUUUGACGAACUUCAAUUCUGACUUUAAAAGCGAGACCCAACGAGAAACAUUAUCUCUGGUAGCUAUUGGAUUCUCCUCAAUUGUCUUAAGUUAUAUUCAAGCUACGUUAUGGAGAAUAUUAGCUGAACGACAAACACAAAUCAUUCGACGAACCCUAUUUCGAUCGAUUCUCAGAGAAGAAGUUGUCUUUUUCGAUAAACAUAAGACGGGCGAACUUAAUACACAUUUGACAGAUGAUAUCGAUACAAUUCAUAAUGGUAUUGGGGACAAACUUGGUUCGGGAAUACAACUUUUUGCUUCGGUCAUUGUUGGAUUUGCUGUCGGUUUUGCAAAAGGGUGGAAAUUAACGCUGGUUGUAUUAUCAACAUCAUCAAUGAUUCUUAUCUCAACACCACUUUUUUCCAAACUUGGAAUGCGUCUUACAAAAAUGGAACUGGAAGAAAAUGGAAAAGCGAAUGCAGUGGCCGAAGAAGUGUUUAGUUCGAUUCGUACUGUUUUAUGUUACAACGGACAAGAGAAAGAACAACAACGGUAUGAAAAAUUCUUAGAUUGUGCUAAGACGAGAAACAUUCAAAAAAGCAUUAUCAAUGGUAUUAUGAUCGGUAUGAUAUGGUUUAUUGUCUAUUGUUGCUACGCAUUGACAUUUUGGUAUGGAACGAAAUUAAUUCUUGAAGAAAACUAUAAUAUUGGCGAUGUCUAUAUCGUCUUCCUUGCAGUUCUCAUUGCCAUUUUCAAUUUGGGUGAAAUUGGUCCACAUUUCCAAGCAUUCAGCCAGGCAAAAGUUGCUGUAGGUACCAUAUGGAAAAUGAUUGAUUCUUCUUCCAUCACACACAAUAGUUCAGAAAUAGCACUAAAAAAAGAUAAUCUCGUUGGUGAAAUUCAUUUCUCCAAUGUUCAUUUUUGUUAUCCAUCACGACCAGAUAUUAAAGUACUCCAUAAUCUAUCGUUUGAUAUAAAACAUGGCCAGACAAUUGCAUUAAUUGGGUCUUCAGGAUCAGGUAAAUCAACGUGUAUUCAAUUAUUACAACGAUUCUAUGAUCUAAAUUCGGGUUCAAUAACUAUCGAUGGAAUCCCAGUGAACGACUUUAAUUUAAAAUGGUUACGACAACAAAUAGGUGUAGUUAACCAAGAGCCAGUUUUGUUUCAAACAACUAUUCGUGAAAAUAUUUUACUUGGAAAACAAACUGCUAACGAUGAAGAAGUACAUGAAGUUGCUAAAAUAGCUAAUGCACAUGACUUUAUCAUGAAUUUGCCUGAAAAAUAUGAGACUAUGGUAGGACAACGAGGUACUGCACUGUCAGGUGGACAAAAGCAAAGAAUUGCUAUUGCUCGUGCACUCAUUUCCGAUCCAAAAAUAUUACUUCUUGACGAGGCUACUAGUGCACUUGAUAACGAAAGCGAAAGAAUAGUACAAGACGCAUUAAAUCAUGCUGCUAAAAAUAGAACAACAAUUGUCAUCGCUCAUCGACUCUCAACUAUUCGUAAUGCUGAUAAAAUUGUUGUGAUGCACAAAGGUGAAAUUGUUGAACAAGGCAAUCAUGAUUCGUUAAUGCGAAUUGGUGGCACAUAUUAUAAACUGGUUGAAGCACAAAAACUGCAUAUAACUGACGAACAAUCCACACAGUCAGUUCGUUUUAGUGAACAAAAGCGAGAUUCGACAAAUGUUGAGUAUAUCCAUGAGGAACUGUACGAAAGUUUCGAAGAAGAAAACAGUGACCUAAAGAAGAAAAAGUCGAAUGCUGUUUUCGCUAUGCUCAAAAUGAAUUCACCAGAAUGGAUAUUUAUUAUGAUUGGAUGUGCAGCGUGUAUUUGCACUGGUGCUAUUGUACCAGGAAUUGGUUUUCUUUUAAGCAAGUUCAUUGGAGUUUUUCAACAAUGUACUGAAGAAAAACAAAGAGAAAAUGUACUUCUCUAUGUUCUUCUAUAUGUUGCCUUUGGAGUUCUUUACUUUACAGCCAUGUUUUUACAAAAUUUUUGUUUUGCUUGUUCCGGUGAAGCACUUACAAAACGAACGCGUUUAAAACUAUUUCGUACUAUUCUUUCUCAAGAAAUUGCAUAUUUUGAUGAUCCAAAAAAUAGUACAGGAGCAUUAUGUACACGUUUAGCAACUGAAGCAUCAGCAAUACAAGGUGCCACUGGUGCAUGUAUGGGUUUUAUUUUUCAAAAUAUUGCCGCUUUUGGUACUGCUACUGUUAUUGGUUUGGUCUUUUCUUGGCAAUUGACAUUGGUUAUGCUCAUUUUUGUUUUAUUCAUGAUGACUGGAAAGUUUCUUCAAAACCGUCUGACGAUUGAUUCUUUGAUUAAAGAUAAAAAAGCUUUAGAAAACGCCAGCAAGGUAGCUGUAGAAGUCAUUCAAAAUAUUCGAAUAGUAGUACAGUUGACGAAAGAAGAUCACUUUUUCAAUAUAUAUUCUCAAUGCUUUACUACUUCCUACCGAUCAUCAAUCAGACGAGCGCAUAUUUUUGGUAUCUUCUUUUCAUUGAAUAAUUCAAUUGGUUAUUUUAUUACUGCGACUAUGUUUUCAUUUGGUUCUACACUUGUUUCCAAUGGUACAAUCUCAUUGGAAGAUCUUCUAUUAGUUUACAAUUGUAUUUUAUUCAGUACUGAACAUGUGAUUCUAUCUGCUGCAUUAAUUCCAGAUUACGGAAAAGCAACAGUUGCUGCUGAGAAUAUCAUGGAAUUAUUUGCUCGAGCUCCUUCAAUCAAUAACGGAUCAAGUGACGGCGAUACAAUUCUUAAUUUCAAUGGAAAACUCGAAUUUGACAAUGUCCAGUUUGCAUAUCCAACUCGAUCUGAAACAAUCGUUUUGAACAACUUCAAACUAAAAAAUAGAAGCUGGUCAACAAGUGCAUCUGGAUGUGGAAAAUCGACAAGUAUUCUAUUGAUUGAACGUUUCUACGAUGUUACAAAUGGCUCUCUGUUGGUUGAUUCAAUGGAUAUUCGAAAACUUAAUUUACAAUGGUAUCGAUCACAGAUUGGUAUUGUAUCACAAGAGCCAGUUCUCUUCGAUAUGUCAAUACAAGAAAAUAUUGCCUACGGUGACAAUAGUCGAAAUAAUAUUCCAAUUGAAGAAAUUAUUCAAGCAGCACAAAAUGCAAAUAUUCAUGAAUUUAUUCAAAGUCUUCCGAAUGGAUAUGAAACAAAUUGUGGCGUUAAAGGUGUUCAAUUAUCUGGCGGACAAAAACAACGAAUUGCUAUUGCUCGUGCAUUACUUCGAAAGCCAAAAAUUCUUUUGUUAGAUGAAGCUACAAGUGCUUUGGAUACUGAAAAUGAAAUAAUUGUUCAAGAUGCGUUAAUUCGAGCUCAACAAAAUCGAACAUCGAUAACAAUUUCCCAUCGUCUAUCAACUAUACAAAAUGCAGAUGUUAUCUGUGUUAUUCAUAACGGAACUAUUGUUGAGAGUGGAACACAUCAAGAAUUACUUGCGCUUCAUGGACAUUAUUAUCAUUUGUUACAUAAAAAAUUCAAUUCUUAA